ACACGGAUUAAUGCAUUAAUUAUCAAUAACUUAUCAUUAUGACACUCUCUAAUUCUCCAUCACACUUCAUCUAUUCCUCCAACCAUCUAUGAGCUAAAAUCACUACCUUUCCCAUUCAAGAAGCAAUAGUAAUUACAAAGACUUUGGGCCAAAAGCCCAUAAACCCAUUACAACUCACAAAGUCACAACUAGAUUCAAUUCAAAUUUACAUUUGGCAGCAAAUAAUUUGGUUCCCAAAAAAGCAAAAAAAUUAAAAAAAAAAUCCACAAUAUCUCGGAAUUUACACCAAAAUAAUUAAAUCCAGCUAACAAAAUAAGUUUGAAAUCCGGGAAACUGUAAAGCCAGAAAAAGACUUUGAGCAGUGUAGUCAAAAAGUUCUUUGUUUCUCUCUCUUCUUUCUCUCUCCUCUUUCUACUUGGCUCGAUUAAAAUUUUCUUGCUUGCGAAGCUUCAACAAAACAACAAACCCAGUAAAUUUCUCAUUUCUUUGUUACAAAAAUUAAAAAAAGUCCUUUUCUUUCACUUUCAUUUUUCUAUUUUUGCCGCUAAUUCCACCCUUUUUUUUUUUCUCUCUCUCUACUUUCUCUCUCUUUGUUUUCUGUACUGUACUGUGAAGCCUUUGAUCAAUUUUCCCAGAGAAAUCGCAAAUUAUGAAGUGGGUUUGUAAAUUUGGCGUUAAUUUUCAUAUGGCAAGGCUAUCUUGAGUUGGCUGUGGUGAGGUUUCCAUGAAAAUGGUUGUUGGGAUUAAGGGAAAUGAGGAAGGUGUUGUCGAGGAUGGUGCAGCUGUCAAACUUAGUUCUGGUUUAGCUCCAUUGAAGCAAGAAGCUGAUCCUAUUGUGUAUAAGCUUGUUCGGGUUGAUUUUGAUGGAAGGUUUGUUCCUGCUACUGAUGAUGAGCUUAUGGAGGUUGAGGAUUUGUUGGAGUUGGAAAAGAGUGAUAUGCUUUCUAUACCUGAUGCUGUAGAGACAGUAGCACAUAUUGCAGAUAAAGAUGAGUUAGAUGAAUCAUUUGAGAAGCCGGACUUAGAGAAGCAUGAAGGUUUGUCAGAAAUCAAGCUCACCAAAAUUGAUGAAGAGAACUUAAGAGCUCCGGCUGAGGACUCUCUACCUAAAUCUGCAUCAAGUUCUAAAGACAGACUUGUAGAGGGAUCUGUGAACAACGGAGAGGAGUCAAGCUCUAGCCCUCAUGAUGGACUAAACAAAAAUGGAUCUUCUGGUUCCAAACCUGACUUUUCUUUGAUAAAGGGUGAGAUUGAUUUGGACAAAUUAACUACUAAAGAACUUCAUGAAACAUUCAGAGCUACAUUUGGGCGCAGAACUUCUGUCAAAGACAAGAUGUGGCUUAAACGAAGAAUUGCAAUGGGAUUGACUAAUUCUUGUGAUGUAACUGUGACAAGUUUUAUAAUCAAUGAUGGGAAGCUUCUGAAGAAAGAAGAACUUGGUAAAAACAUGGAUUGUGGAAAUUCAGUAGCUGGAGAGGUCUGCAGUGCUGGGAAUGAUGAGCCAGUGAACUUAGUUGCUCCAAAUGUAAGGGAGGAUACCUUAGAUGUUGAAUUGGGGAAUUCUUUUACUGAAUCUGGUUGUAGAAGUGAUGACCAUCUUGAUCACAGAGCUGCAAAACGAGCCAGGAAGCCUACAAAGCGAUAUAUAGAAGAAUCAUCUGAUACAGAAAAAGACUUUGGUGGAAAGUCAAUCUCUCCAUCCAAGCAUUUUGGACAGGAUAAAGCUUCUUGCAAGGAAGCAGUCAAACCUGCAUGCGGUGUUCAUUCAGGUGAUUUUAUCACUAGACCUGAUUCCAUUGGAGGAUCUGGUGUUCAGGUCCCAUACGUCUCUCGGAUUCGGAGAUGCCGUCCCAGAAAAAGUAUAAUGGCCCUUACGAAGUUCAAUUCAAGUGAUGGUGCGUUGAAUAGGAAAACUGUUGAGAGUUCUGCUGCAGUGAGUAAGCCGCAGCCUGAUUAUCAUAGUAGGGCUAAACUUGUGGAGACUAAGCCUAUUCCAUUUGAAGAGCCGAUUGCCUCAGAAGAAGAGAGAGAGAAACAAUGCUUGACUAGUAUGUCAGAUGCUAUUUCUCAAGCUAGGGAGCCAAAAAGUGUGGAUUCAGUGGAUAGUACUCAACUAGAGAAUGCAUCCGGCAACAACUCUGACGAUCAUGUAGCUACUGUUCCCACUGUAAAGGGUGGAGUGAGAAGAAAGCACCAUCGCGCUUGGAGUUUAACUGAAGUUACAAAGCUUGUUGAUGGUGUUGCUAUGUUUGGAGCUGGACGCUGGUCUGAAAUUAAAAGGCUUUCUUUUUCAUCGUAUGCCCAUCGCACCUCUGUUGACCUGAAGGAUAAGUGGAGAAACCUUUUGAAGGCUAGCUUUGCUAAUUCUCAAGUAGAUAAAGGGGUAAAUCCUCGUAAGAAUGCACCGAUACCAAUCCCUGCAACAAUUCUGGUGAAAGUGCGGGAGCUUGCAGAACUCAAUGGUCAGGCCCCCCAUGUCUUGAAAGCCGGUAGCAACAAAAAUAGUGGGUCAAGUGUAAAUGAAAAUAAAUCAGGAUACUUGUGACAUCGUUUGUAAAUACUUUCACCACCUAGGUUUUAUAUAUAGAGAAAAAUAAUGGUGCUGAGUGCUCACCGUGCAACUGCCUUGCAGUUUCUGUAUUAGCCUGAAUGUCAGUAAAAUGACAACUUUUGCGAUGUAUGCUAGUUCAAGGUCUUCAUCCUUGAGUUAUCUACUGUACUUUCAGCUCCAUGUUUUUGAGUAGAAGGGAAAGAAAAUGUAGCUUAUUUUGAGAGAUGGUUCAAUAGUUUGGUAUAUUUUGUCCA